AUGGUCUGCUUUCUUCCUUCUCUUUUGUUAUUGUACUUCAAUGUUUCCUUCUAUAUUCCAUUCUCUCUCUUCUUUUCUAUCUACUCACUGCCACUCCUACAGUCAAGUGUACUUAAUAUACCGUGCAACAUGGCAAGAAGACUCUCCGCUCAGAUGAGCCGACAGAUUUUUCUUGACAAUAUCGCAUCUUCUUUCUUGAGCUCGUUCGACUUCCCUCAGUUACAGUGUACACUUUUCUUUAUUCAUUCUGAUACGUUUCUCCGUCAUUUUCUCUUUUUAUCUCAUUUUCAUUUCCCUGUUUGUCGCUUUUCUUCUUUGCUUCCUCGUCUUAUAUUUCAAUUUCUUUAUUAUUUCUUUGUUUUACCUUUCCCACUCUUUCCUCACACUUACCUUCGACGUUAUUCCUACUUCUUUUUCUUCUAUAGUUUUUCUUUUUCAACACUUAUCUACUUUCUCACUCCUUUAGUUCUCUUUCUACCUCUUUUAUCUUUAUUGCAUCCUUCGCCCAGUUUCUCUGACAAAAACAAUCUGUCUUCAUCUUUUGCCUCUCCUUCCCUCCUCCCAACUACAAACGACUCUCUUUUUUUCCCCUUUCUGCCAUAA